AUGGGAGUCAAGAUCCCCCGCUACUCGUCUGCCAUGGUGCAGAUAGUCCUCGUCGGCUUCAUCAUGUUCCUGAACCCUGGAAUGUACAAUGCAUUAACUGGACUCGGUGGUGCGGGACAGGUUGAUACGACGGCUCAAAAUAGAGCUGCUGAGGGCCUGCACUCAUGUUUCGCCGUCGUUGGGUUCGUCGUUGGCAUUGCACAUAACCAGAUUGGCACGAAAUGGACCAUGGCGAUAGGUGGGAUUGGUUAUGUUGUCUAUUCGGCCGCAUUUCUUUGCUACAAUCACACCCAGAACUCCGGAUUUGUCAUCUUCUCCGGUUGUCUUCUGGGCUUCUGCGCAGCCUUCCUAUGGUGUGCCCAGGGAGUGGUCAUGAUGUCGUACCCAACAGAGAACCAGAAAGGACGAGCCAUUGCGAUCACCUGGCUGCUCUUCAACCUCGGAGCAGUAAUCGGAGCUGCCGUGACAAUAGGACAAAACUGGGAUAACAGCUCCGGCACAGUAACAGAUGGCACGUAUGCGGCCUUCAUUGUCCUGGAGGCCUUGGGGGCACUGCUUUGCUGUCUACUGUCCCCGAGCGAGAAGGUUAUCCGAGACGACGGAACCAGGGUCCACCGAGUUGUCCAUCCCGGAUUGAAACCCCUUAUUGUCGGUCUGUACACAACGUUGGCCACGGAUCCGUGGAUCUUGCUACUAUUCCCCAUGUUCUUUGCGUCGAAUUGGUUCUACACGUAUCAGUUCAAUGAUAUGAAUUCUUACUACUUCAAUACCAGAACUCGCGCUUUCAACAACAUGUGGUACUGGAUCUCCCAGGUCAUCGGCGCCGGCGCCUUCGGACUCUUCCUGGAUAACACUCGGUUCUCCCGACGUACAAGAUUGUGGAUAGGAUGGGGUUCCACAUUCGUUCUCAUGAACGCCAUCUGGGGCGGAGGCGUUGCCUUUCUACUCAAGACGAACCGAUCCGUCAAGAGUCCGCAUACGGAUAUAUUUGAUCAUAACUAUACUUGGUAUUUAAUUCUGUACAUGCUCUACGGCUUCCUUGACGCAAUAUGGCAAACCUACUGCUACUACGUCAUGGGCGCACUUAGCAACGACCCCGAAAAGCUGGCGUACUACUCGGGCUUUUACAAGUCUAUCCAAGCGGCGGGUGCGGCUGUUGUCGCAGCACUCGAUGGGAGUAAAUAUCCCUUUGCGAACAUCUUUGCUUCCAGCUGGGCUCUGAUGUUUGGCGGGAUGGUGUUCGCGCUACCGGUGUUCAUCUGGCGAGUCCACGAGACUGAAAUCAAGCCCGAGGAAACUAUCGUUAUCAAAGGGAAAGCUGAUUCAGACAAUAAGGCGUCUGAUGAUGCAGAGAAGGCAGUGUAA